CCCGAUUUCGAUCCCUCUGUUCGACACAUUUCGUUUCGACAAACGUAAGUGACAACACACCGGACUGUUUGUGGACUAUACCAAGCUAGCUAACUCUCUCGGUAUGUGGCUCUGGCUUUGAUCGCCAAAGGAAGAACAGUGCGAAUAGAAAAAAAAUAUCAGCUGUGCACUUGUGGGCCGAGUACGAAUCUUUGGGUGGAGUAGCGCUGAAGGCGAGGCGCCAAUUCAGUGAGAGAAAGAGCGAGAAUAGGCAGGAGUGAGAGGUACAACCCUGACUAAAGUUUUGCCGAUGGUGUUAAGAAAGCGACACCACCGGCCAAGAACGAUACUAGUACGUGAAAAAUGGCGACAACUGAAAAAUCAAGUGAAUUUCGAUUAUCAGUACCAGGCCAACAAUUGAAAAACACUCCAUUUAUGCUAUAGACAUUCAAAGUGCAUUUAAUUAAACAUCCAAAGCUGUGCGGCUACUCUUGCUGGUGAUUACUUUCGAUAGCAAGUCAAGCAAUGGAUAACGUUGAAAAGGGGAUAAAAAAUGAAAAUUUGCUCGAUAAGCAGAAUGACGUCGCGACUGGCCCGUGUGGAACCACAACGAUGACUGAAGCGCCAUGUGCGGAUCCCGAUGGAACUAUAAGGUUGACUUCGGGUGGUGCAACUGCAGCGCCACUAGUUCAGAAGAGUGCCGUUCCAUCGAUGCAGGUUGAACAACCCGCAUGGUCUUGCAACAGCAGCAACAACAGUGAGAUAGACGCAGAUGGCGGAAAUCUUAGUGGUGGUGGACCAUCCGUUUCGGGUGCUUCGAUAAGUGGCGGGAGACGUCGUAGCAGUGGCGACAAAAGCAAUACCAGCAGACGGAAGACUCGGCGGGGCAAAACAAAACGCGGUGGCCCCAAACGGUCUUCCAGCUCGCGGCCCUACUCGAAGUCGCAAUGGAAGUAUCAAGCGCGUAUGGCUCUCACCAACAAGCGCCGUGCAGCCGGUGGAUUCAAUCUAGCUACUGCUGGGCUCGGACUGGCCGCUGUGUCUGCCAGGCUGAAACUCAAGGCUCCUCUGUUACAGUCAGACCAACCACCACUAGUGCCAUACAACACCAACCGCUUCCUGAUGGAGGAUCACAUGCCACACGUGUUGACACCUUCAGAGGACGAGGAAGAAUUCCUUACGAAGGAGUUCAGCAGCGUGUACGAAGACGCCCGCUCGGAACGGCUGGAGGGCCUCAGCAAGACGCAACUGAUCCAGGAGUACCUUCAGCUGGAGGCCAACUUUGAGCAAGUCACGCGACGGUAUAGUGCACUGAAAGCACUUUCCACCGGUGGUGUUAUUGCCGGUUUAAUCAAGGAGGAAAACGAAAGUGCACCACUGUCGGCAGCAGCAUCAGCCGUAUCUGGGGGUGGAGAGGUGGUCCCGGUAGCGGUGGACUCACGGCGGCGCCUCGAAGAUCGCAUUCGUGAGCUCACGGUGGAAAAUCUCGAAUUACGUCGUCAACUAGAGCAGGCCACCCGUAUCGGCAUGGUUCUGUCGGCAAAAUCUUCACCGCGUGGCGGAGCCGGUCAGCAGAUGAUGGAGCGCAUGGUGGAGGAUAGCUCCGACGCUAGUGGUUCCAGUGAGGACAGCGAAUCGGACAGCUCUUCAACGACCAGUUCCAGCAGCAGCAAUGACGAUGAUAGUUCCAGCAGCAUGAGCGAAGGUGAAGGCGAGGACGGCGUUUUCGGCGAAGGUGAAGGUAAGCCAACUCUGAUGGAAGAUGUACCGGCACAGGAGCAAAAUGGGGUUCCCGAUGGGGUCGAUGGGGACAUUCCAGCAGAGGGUGUGAUUGAUUCAGACGAGGUCCAUCAGGAUCCAGAAGGUGAAGACUCUCGGCUAGCUGUCGAUAGCAUUAACUCACCUCCUCCACCACUGGUGCGUUGAAAUUUCAAAUUUGCAUGCAAUAUGUCUAUAUAUUUCACGUUUGCGUUAUAUUCAUACAAAAAUCCCCAGGUUAAACUCAAGUCAUUGUUAGCUUGUUUAAUUAAACAUUCUUUUCUCAAUAUUUGAGAUGAUUACCUCUUUCUGUGGUUUAAGUUAUUUGCUGCUUAACAAAAAAAUAAUAAUUUUAAUUGUCUGGAUACAUUUACAAAAAAAACCUUUAAAAAAAAUUGUAAACAAAAAGAUUACCCGCUUCUGUAAAACUUUCAUUAAUUGUAAUCAUAACCAACCUCUAGUUACAUAAGUCUCUUUUUUCUUGUUACAACCAAAUCCACAUUAAAACAAACACGUACACACUCAAAGACGCAGGUCGUUGUGACAAAAAUGAAAUUGACAUGUGAUUUCCUACUAAGUAACGGUAGUAUAAGUUACAAAGUAAUGAUGGCAUAAAACUGAAAAAUCAUAAAAAAAAGAAAACAUAAUAAACGAAAUAGGCAAACGAACUUACUUUGGACCAGGUCAUUAUUUUGGACUACUGUACUCAUGUUUCUCGGGUUUCAACUAUAUUCAACUCUUCUCUGUUACAAAAUUGAAAAACAAAAUUUCUAGAAAUUGUUGUUCGAACCCAAAUUAUCAAUCUGACAGAGAUAAACUUUUUUUCAUUUAUUACCAAAACCUCUGCACUGUUUGCUACUAAUUCAUGUACGUACUAGACAUGAACAGUAUAUUCUUGUUUAGCAUAUUUUGGGUACAAAAAGGUCUUCUAAUUUGAUUUUUUUUUUGAAAGACGGAACUAAUAUUCCUGUGAAGGCAGAUUUCUUCCUUGAAAAAUUUUCAUUCCUGAAAGUGGUGAAAAUAAUAUUCACUCUUCGCAAUUUAUACCGUGUGGAAAGUGCAAAGGACGAAAUGGGACAAGUGUAAACUUACAAUGUUCUUUCACAAAAGUGACGAAAACAUUUUUGGAUUUUUUAUUUCCAACGGAGUUUGCUCAGAACUUAUUUAGUGUUGUAUUGCAACGAACAAUAACUGAUAAUUUUUGAAAAUAUACAUAUUUUUUUAUGAAAUGUUAACUAUGGUGAUAUCCGUUCGCACUUGCCCCGAUGUACCUCAAUUAAUUUUAAAGGGAGAUAUAAGCAAAGUGGUCCAAAAUAAUGACCUGGUCCAAAGUAAGUCAGUUACCCUACUAUGUGGGUGAUGGAUGAACUGAAAAUAAAUCGAAAAUGGAAAGAAAAACGAAACUGUAAAUUGUUGUGUGAUUGAAACAAAAUUUCAUAUGCUUUAGUACAACAACAACAAAAAAAACGUAAAUUUUUCGAACCCUUGAUUUAGGAAAAGACAAAUCAAGAUGUUUAUAUUUUGAGAAAUUUUACACAUCUCAACAACGGACACACAACCAAAAUACCAAAAAAUGAAACAAAUAAAACCAACAUGAGCAUCUUCUUGGACACGGAACUUAGAAUACGGAUCAUGAAUUUCAGAACUUUUCGUUUUUCAAAACAGGGAUUCGGGCAUUUUAAUUCGUUUUGCUCCUCAAAAAAUUAUUAACCAUUAAGGAUAAAUGUGAGAAAUCAAAAUAUUUAGCAACAACGGGCAAAAUCGAUGCCUCAUGACAUUCUUUUUCUGUUGGACGUAAUUGAAGCUUUUUUGUAAAGCUUAUAGAAAAACCCCAUUUAUUAACAAAAUUUAUGGAACGACUCGCAAAUCGUGUACAAUAAGACGUGUAUUUGACAAUUAUAUAAGCAUAAUAUCGAAAUUUAUACCCACAAAACUAUAUACCGUAAAUAAGGAUUCAAUCGAACGCUUAUUUCCGUUAUUAUACACAUGAAACAUAUUACCAGGAAAAGCAUUAUUCAUAUAUAAUUAUACUCUUAGGAGAAAAUCUGUAAAAUCCUCAAACAUAAAACCGCGAGGUACGAAAAUUUCCAGGGAAAUCCAGUCACCACCAGCCAUGGGAAGUUAUUAACUACAAAUAUUAAGCACUAGGCGACCCAUAAUUCUAAACUCACAAACAAAAAUGAACUGCAGUGGUAGAGUGAUCGCUAAAAAUGGCUAUGUUUAAUUGUUGUUUGAAAGAGUAUAAAAACGAUAUAUUAUGAAUAAAA